AUGUCUCUCCAGGUGAACGACCCACGGUCGCGCACUCGAUCCAAGUCCCCUGGGCGUGAACGUUCAAGAUCACGGUCGCGCGACAGUCGAGUCCCUUCUCCCUCGCCCUCUGGCCGUCCACGCGAUCGCGAUCGUGAUCGUGACCUUGACCGUGACCGCUCGCCGGCCAUCGAGGUUCGCGGUCCCAAGUCUACCACCAAUUACGCCUCGGAGGACGACGCCGAGAUCGAGCGUCAAUACAAAUUGCUCAAGGACGGCCGUCUCCGCAAUGAUGACUCGCGGGAUGUAGUUUCGCGUGCUCCUCGUAGCCCUGCCCCCUACGAUGUGCGUCGUUCAGACGACGAGGACAGUGACCGCAGACGUCGUGAAGGCACAUCGUCGCGUCGUCGUCGCGACCCUCACCAGGAUCGCUACGAGCAUUCAGACAAGGAAGAUGAUCUGAAGCUGAUCCAGCCGCGCGAGUACGACUCUCGCUCGCAGCGACGUCCCUCGCCGCCGCGUAGUCGACAUGACGACUCGGACUCGGAUGAUGGACUCGCCUAUGGCAACAAUCCUGGCUCGCACCCAAGUUAUGCCCGUCCCAGCCGGUACCAAUACGCGCAGCCAGCAGCCAACUACCCGCCUCCUCAGCCUCAGCAGAAACCCCAACCCUCUGACUGGGCUCCUAUCCCAGAGUGUGAGCGCCCAGGAUUCGUUCCGCCAACCUCGCUACCUCCCGUCUCAUCCGAAAUGCCAGGCGCCUUCCCGCCGAGCUCGAGCUAUGUUGAGAGUCCCGCGACGAGCGCACCGUCUUCCCCAUGCCGCAGCUAUUCGCAGUCGCAUUAUCGCACUGCCUCGGCGAGUGAUGUCUCGGUAUCGCAGGCCGGGUAUGCCCAGCCAGGUCAAUUCCAGUAUGCGCAGGUUGACCCCAAUGUGCGCUAUACUUCCAAGACUACGCCGACGAAACCUUAUACUGCCUCGGCGCAGGAACAGUUUGGCCGACAGCCUGAGCAGUAUAACAGAUUGCCGGACCAGCAUCGUAGACUGCCGGAUCAGUAUAGCAACAAAGUGCCAGAACAGCCUGCCUGGCGAUAUAGUCAUGACCCUCAGUUCGGCGAUAGACAGCAGUCCCACGCAUCUUCGCAAUCGCAAUCGCACUCGCAUUCGCACUCUCGCUCUCAGUCGCAGUUGCAAUCGCAGCCACCGACGCAAUUGUCGGCUCCGCUCCAGCACCAGCAGCAGGUUGUGGAGAUCACCCCCGGUGGUGGACGCGGCCGUCCCCACAGUCUAUCUGUGUCGUCAGCGAACAAUCUGGCCGUCGCCGUGCCUGGAGGCCAUAUCGGCCACCCACCUGCCAGUCCAUUGCUGGAGCCGUAUCAUGGCACCUAUCAAUCGAUGUCGCCUAUGCCAUCACCCAUCAUGAUGCCAUUGCGUGACGACGAAAUAUCAGACCUAGAGCCUCUGGACGGCGGCAGCUCACUUUCCGAAUCUGGAAAGCGUAAGAAGAAAUCCUCAUCCUCCCGCGAGAAGGAGAAGGAAAGAGAAAAAGACAGCCGGCACCGCAGCAGCAAGGAGAAGAUGCGAGAGAAGGAGCGUGACCGCGACUACGACCGCGACUACGACCGCGACGACCGCAAAGAAGACAGAAGACGCACAACCAGACCAUCCGCCCACGACCGCCACGACUCAACCUCCUCCUUCCGCGGCGGCGAUAACGACAGCGUAGUCCUAAUAUCCCCAACAACCGGCCGCAAGCGCGUCUCCUUCUACGACGCCACAUCCGACGCCUUAACAAUGCAAUCAGCGCUCAACCACACGCGCAACAUCGACAACAAAGCCAUCCUCUCCGUCCUCCCCCGCCUAACAUCCGACGAAAUCCUCACCCUCCGCGCCGAGUAUAAGAACAAAGUAAAAAUGCACGGCAAAGGCAUCAACCUCGCCAAACACCUCCGCCUCAAACUCGGCACCUCUUCCUUCGGCAAAGUAGCCUACGCCACCGCCCUCGGCCGCUGGGAAUCAGAAGCCUACUGGGCAAACUGCUACUACCAAGCCGGCACCUCGCGGCGCGAACUCCUCAUCGAGUCGCUAAUCGGGCGGUCCAACGCCGCCAUCCGCGAGAUCAAAAAUUGCUUCCGUGACAGUCGUUACGAGAAUAGUCUCGAGCGGUGCAUGCGGGCCGAGCUGCGCGCGGAUAAAUUCCGGGUCGCGGUUUUGCUGGCGCUUGAGGAGAGGAGGCAGGAGGAGCGCGAUCCGAUUGAUUCCAGGCUUGUGAGGGAGGAUUUGACGGAUCUGCAUCGUGCGCUGGUUAGUCGGGAGGGGGGCGAGACGGCUAUGAUUCAUAUCAUUGUGAAGCGGAGUGAUGCGCAUCUGCGUGAAGUACUGCGCGCUUAUGAGAGUGUUUAUGGGCAUAAUUUUGCCAGGGCUAUGAUUGCCAAAUCGAAGAAUUUGGUGGGUGAAACACUAGCCCAUAUUCUAAACGGCGCGAUAAACCGGCCCAUGCGCGACGCGCUACUGCUGCACCAAGCUCUCCGUGAAUCCAGGACGAAAGGUGAACGGUCUGAAUUGCUCAUUUCUCGACUUGUCCGCCUGCACUGGGAGCCUAGGCACCUUGAGCUGGUUAAGACUGAGUAUCGGAGGAGAUAUAAUGAGCGUCUGGAGGAGGCGAUUGCGGAGGAGAUUAUGUCUUCGACGACUGGGGCCGAGUGGGGGGGAGUUUUGUAUUGA